GACAGUUUCACAAAUCUGAAACGACAAAAAGUAAAAAACAUUUCCGACGCAAGAAAGCAAAUCUGGAAUCAGUGUCUUUUACUUUGUCCACCACUACAAAACACAACAACACACAUCACCCACCCACCCAGCAGCACAAACAAAAACCCUAAAAAUUCUCUCUUUUUUUUUAUUAAACAAAACAUCCUUUGUUUCUCAUUCCUCUUUUCCCACUCACUCUCUCUCUACAACACAACACAGUAUCAUCUGUCACCUUCAAUUACGACUUUUCACCACUUUCUCUCUCUUCUUCAUUUUCUGUCUAUUUAUUAAAUUAGGGUUUUUAAUUUAUUCGCUAUGAAUCAAACAAAAGACUCUGAACAAACUGAGCCACUGGCUCACUCUAUGCCCCAAUCUCAAGACCUUCCCAACGGUACUGCUUCUGACAACAUUAACGAUUCUGUUUCUGUUGUUGAAGAUCAAGAGGUUGUUGUUGCUGAGGAGAAUAAAUCACCAAUUGAUCAACCAAUGGAGGAAGAUUCUGUUAAUCCUGCUACUGUUUUCACUAUCAGGCUUAGACAAUCUAAGGCCAAUUUGAUGCAUAAGAUGAGUGUUCCUGAAUUAUGUCGUAAUUUCAGCGCUGUUUCCUGGUGUGGAAAACUAAAUGCCAUAGCUUGUGCCGCUGAAACUUGCGCCAGAAUUCCAAGUUCAACUGCUAAUCCACCAUUUUGGAUCCCUAUACAUAUUGUGAUCCCGGAGAGGCCAACUGAAUGUGCAGUAUUCAAUGUCAUCGCAGAUUCACCUCGUGAUUCAGUCCAGUUUAUAGAAUGGUCCCCCACCUCUUGCCCUCGUGCAUUACUGAUUGCAAAUUUUCAUGGGAGGGUAACUAUUUGGACUCAACCUUCUCAAGGGCCAGCUAAUCUUGUUCGUGAUGCUAGCUGUUGGCGGCGUGAGCAUGAGUGGCGUCAAGAUAUUGCAGUUGCUACAAAGUGGCUAUCAGGAGUGUCUCCGUAUAGGUGGCUAUCAUCCAAAUCAAGCGCUACUCCAGAUUCGAAGCUUACAUUUGAGGAAAAGUUUCUUUCACAGCAAUCUCAAACUUCAGCUAGAUGGCCCAAUUUCCUUUGCGUCUGUUCUGUGUUCUCAUCAGGCUCAGUUCAACUUCACUGGUCCCAAUGGCCUCCUAAUCAGAAAGACUCAACACCGAGGUGGUUUCACACCAGUAAAGGACUUUUAGGUUGUGGGCCCAGUGGCAUUAUGGCCGGUGAUGCUAUCAUAACGGAUAGUGGUGCCAUGCAUGUGGCAGGUGUACCGAUUGUUAACCCAUCCACCAUCGUAGUCUGGGAGGUCACACCUGGGCCUGGGAAUGGUUUCCAAUCAUGUCCGAUGACAAGUACAAAGUCUGGUGUCCCGCCACAUAUCCCACCCAACUGGGAUGGUUUUGCACCUUUAGCUGCAUACUUAUUUUGUUGGCAAGAUCAUCUAUUAUCUCUUGCAAAGCAAGGGAAAAAGCUGACAGAGAAAAACAUUGGUGAUUCUGUACCUCUAUACUGCUCACCAGUUUCAAAUUUUUCGGCAUAUGUGAGUCCUGAAGCCGCAGCUCAAUCUGCAGCAACCACUACAUGGGGUUCUGGUGUAACAGCAGUGGCCUUCGAUCCAACUCGCGCUGGUUCAGUAAUAGCUGUUGUGAUAGUUGAGGGACAGUACAUGUCCCCUUAUGAUCCGGAUGAAGGCCCAACAAUUACCGGAUGGAGAGUGCAACGCUGGGAAUCAUCUUUAGAACAGGUUGUUCUCCAUCCUAUAUUUGGAAACCCUACCUCUAGUAUGGGUGGGCAACCUCCUAUGCAAACUGUCUGGCAGUCCAAGGUGGACCUGAGCAUACUUCCCACAGAUGAUUUUAGGAAUCAUCGAUCGCCCACAAUUGGAAUGGCUACUGAUGUGCAAAAGGUAUCUGAGCUUAUUUCGGAUAAAUCAAAGCGUGUAAAUUUUGAUCCAUUUGAUCUUCCAAGCGAUGUUAGGACCCUUGCACGAAUUGUUUACUCUGCUCAUGGGGGUGAAAUUGCAAUUGCUUUCCUCCGGGGUGGUGUCCAUAUAUUUUCUGGUCCAAAUUUUGAACAAGUAGACAACUAUCAAAUUACGGUUGGAUCUGCAAUUGCUGCUCCUGCUUUUUCUUCAACAAGCUGCUGUUCAGCUUCUGUUUGGCAUGAUACUAUCAAUAAUUAUACAAUAUUGAAAAUAAUUCGGGUUCUUCCUCCUCCCGUUCCUAUUAGUCAAGCAAAGGCCAAUUCAUCAACUUGGGAGCGUGCAAUUGCUGAAAGGUUUUGGUGGAGCCUAUUGGUUGGAGUUGAUUGGUGGGAUGCUGUGGGCUGCACCCAGAGUGCUGCUGAGGAUGGUAUUGUUUCACUUAACAGCGUCAUUGCGGUUUUGGACGCGGAUUUCCAUUCUCUUCCUUCUGUGCAGCACAGGCAACAAUAUGGCCCUAGUCUAGACAGGAUAAAGUGCAGGCUACUGGAAGGGUCUAAUGCGCAGGAGGUCAGGGCUAUGGUUCUUGAUAUGCAAGCCAGGUUGUUGUUGGAUAUGCUCGGGAGAGGGAUUGAGUCUGCAUUAAUAGAUCCUACACAAUUUGUGCCUGAGCUUUGGCAAGCAUCUGGCGAAACACUAUCCAACAUUGAUUCUGAAACCAUGGCUGUCGAGCCUGCAUUGGUUCCUUGCGUUCAGGCUUAUGUUGAUGCAAUUCUUGAUUUAGCUUCACAUUUUAUUACACGUUUGCGACGUUAUGCAAGUUUCUGCCGUACGUUGGCUAGUCAUGCUGUGACUGCAGGCACUGGAAGCAACCGCAACAUGGUUGCCAGUCCUACCCAAAGUUCAGCAACUCCUGCAACAAGUCAGGGAGGUCAAAAUGGUAGCACCAGCUCAAUGGGAACCGUACAAUUGCAAACGUGGGUACAAGGGGCUAUUGCCAAGAUUAGCAACACAACUGAGGGAGGGUCCAACCCGACCCCUAACCCCAUCAGCGGUCCUUCAUCAUUUAUGCCUAUUAGCAUUAAUACAGGAACAUUUCCUGGAACACCUGCAGUUAGACUUAUUGGGGACUGUCAAUUCCUUCACAGACUAUGCCAACUUUUGCUUUUCUGUUUUUUCUUUCGACGUACACAAAUUCCUCGCUAUAUGGGGGCUGCCAAUAGAACUAAUGAUUCAAAUACACAGAAGUCUAAUGCUCCUGCUUCUGGCAAAGUGGAGGAGAUCGCAAAACCGGUUUCAGCUGUGGCCAAGUCAGAAGACGGACUGACGGGGCGAGCUGGUCAGCUUAUAUCUGGGCCAAAAGGAGGUGAAGAAGCACCUUCUGGACGUUCAAGAUUGGGUAGUGGAAAUGCUGGGCAAGGAUAUACGUUUGAAGAGGUGAAGGUGCUUUUUAUGAUGCUUAUGGAACUAUGUCGCCGAACAUCUACCCUGCAACACCCAUUGCCAAUAUCUCAGGUGGGGAGCAGCAACAUUCAGGUUCGGCUGCAUUAUAUUGAUGGAAACUAUACUGUACUGCCUGAGGUUGUGGAGGCAUCCCUUGGUCCGCAUAUGCAGAAUAUGCCCCGUCCUAGAGGUGCAGAUGCUGCUGGUCUUCUACUACGCGAGCUAGAACUCCACCCUCCAUCAGAAGAGUGGAAUAGGCGGAAUAUGUUUGGCGGACCAUGGUCUGAUCCCGAUGAUAUAGAUUGUGCAAAUGAUCAACCUAAAAUUGUUUGCUCUGACCCACUUGAUCUCAGCUCAACGGAGCAUUGUGAUGCCUAUGAUGGAACCCAUCGCUUAUGGCCAAGGAAGCGCAGGAUGUCUGAAAGAGAUGCAGCUUUUGGGCUGAACAGUUCUGUGGGCUUGGGUGCUUAUCUUGGUAUCAUGGGAUCUCGAAGAGAUGUUGUUACCGCAACAUGGAAAACUGGCCUUGAAGGGGUCUGGUACAAGUGCAUAAGAUGUCAGCGGCAGACUUCUGCUUUUACUUCUCCAGCUUCUACCACCUCUCCGAGUCAGAGUAGCAGGGAGUUGUGGUGGAUCAGCCGAUGGGCAUAUGGCUGCCCAAUGUGUGGUGGAACAUGGGUUCGAGUUGUAUAGAUAACUCCAUUAUGGUAUUAUUAUAUUGUGAGUUUUACAUAUUGGAAAUUGGAGGCUUGCAUAUAUUUAUGCUUAACUAUGAAUGAAUACUCAGAUGGAAUGCUGGCAGGAUUUGUACAGAAGAGGUUUAGGUUUGCCUGACAAGUUGGUUGUCUGUACAUAUAAACAUUGUUAUUGAUGGUGGCCACUGUUUUGAGUUCGAGCAUUUUUUUUCGUGCUGAUAACUCUGCGUGGUUUCAAUCAUUUAAAAAUCCAUUUGUUCCAAUCUCAGUUUGUUUUUGGGGCAUUCGUUUUUGUCUUGUAGCCUGCUCCAUGCCAAAUAUCGAUCGAUGACUUUUACUGAUGUUCAGUAAUCCAGAUUGUAAUCUCUGAUGAAGUAGAAUCAAUUUGUACCUGAUUAUUUCGCGCAUGCUGAUGUAGUGGUGCUUUUACCGGUAGGAUUAUUAAGAGGUUACUACUGUUGAAUAGGAUAUUAAAGGGUUCAGUUGUCACUUAACAAUCCCUGAGAAUGAGAAGGCUGUGCAUCGGUUUCCCAAACUCAUCAAUGUACCGAUAAUAUUCACCAUCUCAUCAAUGUACCUGGUCCUAUAGUUAUUUGUUCAACAGAAACCAUGUAAUUAUUAGUUUAGUUUAGAAGUGGUAUGGAUUAUUUAUUUAUUUUUUGACAAUGUAGUAUGGAGUUUUUUGUCAUUUGGUGCAUUGCACAAUACAACGGGAACUGGUACUGCCUGUUUGUUGGACAUGCACUUAUAUUGCAGUUCUAGUCUAGCCUGGCCAAAGGGUUGUUUUCAAUGCUGUCUAAAGAAAUAUUUUUAUGUUUAAAAUUUAGUUCACUCA